AAAUUUAAUGUAUUCCCAUGUGCGUAUAUAUGUAUGCAUGCAUGAUUGCACGUGUAGCUGCAUGUGUAUGAGGAAUUCAAAUACGAAGACAACUGAAAUGUUAUUGAUGAUGUAACAUUGAAUGUUAAUUUGUCACCAGCAAAUGAUCAAACUUAGAUUCUUUUUCUCUAGCUCUUAUUUGUUCAGGCCAAUAGCAUAAAUAUGUUGACUUGUCUCACUUCUAGAAUGCACUGAGAUGGUUUUGUUUGUAGAAGUAAAAAAUCCCUUUUCUUAAAUGUUCUUCAACUGGCUUCUAGAAUUCUUAAUAAUCAAUUGGAGGAACACUUGUCAUAAAAUGGUUAACCACAUGGCACAUAUCUUAUUAUAAAUGAAGUUCACUGUACGUUUUCAGAAUGUCUGCUCUCCUUUUAAACAUAAAUAAAACAACUACUAUUGUGUUUUCAUUACACAUUUCUCUCAAGAGAUAUUGAAAUUAAAAUUUUAAUUGUGAUACUCUCCAUAGAGAAACUGACCGGAUAUUCUGCUUGUUUUUCCAACCCAGUGCCUUUGGCUGUUUGAGAAGAUGGAGCUUUCGAAUUGGGGUCAGGAGAUAAUGGUCCAGAAUAGAUUUUGCCUCUUGGCAUAAUUAUUUCAGCCAGCACUUGAGUCUCUCUGAACAUUAAUGCCCUUUUCUCUUAAAAGAAUUUCUUUAGCACACCACUGCUUCUCUUUCAAAGUAUAAUUAACCAUGUUUGUAAGCUCCUUUUUGAACUUCUUGGAGUUUGGUGGUUGGUAAAUAUUUGUUCUUUUAUUCCUUAGUCUUUGAGAGUUCAGGCCCUGGGCCAAGGGGAUUCAAUACUGUGGGUAUAAACUUGUUGGUAAAAAUCCUACCCAAAGCAAGCAAAGUGUGCCUUAACAGAACUCACUGCAGAUGUCCUUGUGUGUCCCCUUCGGCCAGUGGAGCGCUUCCGAGACCUGCGUCCAGAUGAAGUGGCAGAUUUGUUCCAGGCAACCCAGAGAGUCGGGAUGGUGGUGGAGAAGCAUUUCCAGGGGACUUCUCUCACAUUUUCCAUCCAGGAUGGCCCUGAAGCCGGGCAGACUGUGAAGCAUGUUCACGUCCACGUUCUUCCAAGGAAGGCUGGAGACUUUCACAGGAAUGACAGCGUCUAUGAUGAGCUCCAGAAACAUGACAAAGAGGAAGAGGACUCCCCAACCUUGUGGAGAUCUGAGGAGGAAAUGGCAUCAGAAGCUGCAGCACUAAGGGUCUACUUUCAGUGACUUUGCAGGCGCGAAAGUAACUUGAACAAAUCCCAAGGCAUACGGAAAUGGGCCUCGUUCUCUAGGACUCUGCGACAUUGGAAAUGAAGCUAAGCAGACUUUAUUACAUCCUACAAUUCUGCAACCUUUUGCGAAGCAUUUUAUUCCACUUGUGGAAGCCAUCGGGGUUAUGUUUCAAUCACCAUGACUGACAGGCUAACUUCAAAACAACAGCAUCGGCAGCCCUUCCAUACUUCCUGGGCUAUGCACUUGGAAUAGAACCUUUUCUAAAUUGUCCCUUGGCCUGGAUGGAAAUAAAAUGGUGGUUAAAAUAU